AUUUAAUUCAACAUGGCCGUGCUCGCGGGCCUGUCUGGUGCUCACGCGAUUCUUCUGGCCUCGCAUCUCUGUGCCAGUGGCCAGAUUGCUGCCCUUCCGCAACUCCAGGCGCAGUUUCCCGGUUACCUUCCUUUAGAGCGUGUUCUACGCCUCCUUCUGACCUUCCUUCCCGAAAGUAUAGAGCCACAGUACUAUACGCCUGUACUUCAGGAGCUUGUUGAUACCUCUUCGUCUUUGUCUGUGCUGUCGGAGGACGAUAUUGAUUUGUCGUCCGUCAAGGAUUUGUCAGAAGCAGCUGCGAGGAAACGUGUACGGAAGCUCCGUUUACUGCCGCUGAAAUAUCGCGACGACGACGACAGUGACGAUACGACCGACCUUCUGACCCAAUUCCUCAUCCAUCGCGCGCAUAGAAUCGAUGCCGAAACUUCCCUUCAACCCUUUAUCCUCGAUCUCCUACUGCCUUUCUACGAACGCUCGCCGGUCUUACGCACGUGGCUCAUCUCCAGCCUGAUACCCCUACUCCGCUUGAACUACGAAUACUACCCCGACCAAGAUGGGACCUUCACGCUGGAUGUGAUUGAGUCUAUGGAUGAUCAGACGGCCGUCAAUGUGCUCCUUUCGAUGACAGGAUCGCAUAGCGACAACAUGGAUUUAGUCAAAAAUUUGCGCGGACUCAUCGGUCCUUGGAUUCACGGCAGUCAUCGAUCGAAACGACGGAGGCUCAACGAAGCGGCGCAGCGUGAAUCCGUCACGGUUACUCAAGAACCGUAUCGACCGCGAACAGCUUCGCGUGCUGCAUGGGGUCCGGUGAAUGAAUGGCUAUUGUCGCGGAGUCUGGUAGACCUGGAGAGUGUUGUGGGUGCCUAUACAGACUGGAACGGGCCUCAAGAUAUCGAUCUUGGAGGUUAUGGGGAUGCAAAUGGGCAAUACCAGGGUGAUGAACUAGCGGAUUUGCAAGCCCGACAUGGCCAAAGUGGUCUUGCCGUGGUUUACGCGAACUCUGAUACCAGUGGGCAGACUUUGGAGGGUUGCGCACAGAUUGUCACGCGAAUCGCCCAGCAACUGGGUCUUGAAGGAUCUAUACCCAACGACUCGCCACUUCCUACGGUUACCUAUGAUACGAAUACGAUCUCGUCGACGUCGAGAGCGUCGCUAUUACAGAACGCCUUAUUAGGGUACUCGAAUCCCCUGACUCGCCCCUCUGCCACCUCGAUAUCAUUCAUCAGCGCCAUCCUUUCUUCUCUUGGGAUUUUGAGCGAAUUGGAUCACCCUGUGACCUGUCGCGCAGCCGCAAACAUGUGCCUUCAUAACAGUGAGGACGUGCAGCUGUUGGAUCUGCGCAGCGUCAUAGCUUCAACCACAAGAAACGCGAGGUCGGGUCGCGAUUGGACGAACAUCCGCCAGCAGUUGCUCUGGCUUCACAACUGGCAGGCGGAAGCGCAAACGGAGCGACCAUCUUACCACGGUCUUUUCUGGAGAGUCCCGCGGGAUGUUGUAGAGACGGAAAUCUUGAAGGCGUUGCUGGAGGUCAAGGAAUACAAGUUGGCUGUGAACAUUUACACGGAUAUGAGGGCACCCCUGCAAGCGUCGCAGGUUGAAGCCGCUGUCAAGGACGCUAUCACCACAGCUUACGACAAUGCUAGUAAUGGUAACAGAACACGAGGAGGAAUGAAAAAGGCAUACGAUAUCCUGCAAACUUUCCAGCCACACUUCCCCGACUCUGUAUCAUUCAAGCAGAUUCAGGCUCUCAUCUCGGCAACACAUGCCUUGUCAUUCUACUCGCUCACACUACAACACGGGGUUCCGUUCCAACCCGUCAGCAUCCGCGUUCACCAAGAUCCCCUUUCUCUGAUUGAAAAGGUACUCGAUCAGAAUCCUAAGGGGUAUACGAAUCUGGAUGAUCUUCUUUCUAUUGGGCGAAACCUGGUUGCAGCAGGGUUUCCGCCCAUACUACCGGACAGUGACUCGCACGAGCACACUCCAAUUCCUGAAGAGGACGCACCUAUCAUUGCCGAACGACGGGUAAUUUCCCUAGCUAUAUCCUCCGCCCUCGCUUCCGAUGAUCUUGACACCGCAUACUCCUACAUUUUCACACGUCUUGCUACUCAAACACCCUCAUCCACCUCCGUCAAGGACGACAUCUCCUGGCGUGCGGUCUACAAUGCAGGCCGCUACCGCUCCCCCGCCACCUCAUCACCUCCCAGCCUCCAAUCCCAAAUCAACCAGCUCUCCCAACGCAUGGAGAUCCUUUCCCUUGCAUUAGUCCUCGUCCCAUACGCCGACCCUCUCCCCGAAAUCCUCGGCGCCUGGCGCCGCUGCGACGAGGAAAUGAGCGUGCUCCGUUCCCAAGAAAGCGAAGAAGAAGAAAUCUGGGACACAAAAGGCGACACCGUCUCCAUGGUCCCAGGUGGAUUCGGCCCCAGCGACAGCGAACAAGACGCACUCGAAACGAAACAACAGCACGCCAGACGUGCCCGAGCGUACCAACAACAGCAACAGCAAAAUCGCUCCCACGAAGAAGCACCCAUGGGACUCUUCGAGGUCGCUCGUGGCGCCGCCAUGGCCCUUCACAAGAACACGCUUCCUCUCCGCGGGAUGGCGGCGGCUGGCUCGUCGACAUCUCGUCCUGCGGGACAUGAUUGGGUGGACGGCGAUGACGACCACGAAGCAGACAGCGAAGACCGGAUGCGCAAGAGAGAUGUUGUUAGUAACAUGGUUACUGGCGGGUUGGCUAGUGGAAUUGGUUGGGUUUUGGGUGCUCAGCCGGUUAACCGGUGAUAUCUCCGUCUUUGUUUCCGUCUCUUUUCUUUUUGGUUUGGUUUAUGAGGAUCAUGAUGUGGUAAGCGGGCGAAUUGGAUCUUACGUACUCUGGCUAUGGAGUGGCUUUUAUGUGCUAUGUAUACAUGCUGUAUUUUAUUGAUGAGGCUUAAUAGGCACGAAUAUGUGUUAAGACAUUCUCAACUUUUGAUGUCC